AUGUAUGAAAGAAUAACCAAAUUAGAGGAUACUCUAGAAAAGUUCAUGCAAGCUUCUAUGACCAAUCAGAAAAAUACAGAAGCUUCAAUUAGAAAUCUUGAAACACAGGUUGGACAGUUGGCUAAACAACUAUCAGAUCAACAAGCAGGUCAUUUUUCAGCCAACACCCAAACUAAUCCCAAGGAGCAUUGUAAAUCAAUUACUACCAGGAAUGGUAAAAUUGUGGGAAGAGGGAUCGGAGAAAAUCUAGUUGUGGAGGAGGAAGUUUUGGAGAAAAAAGAAAAUGAGAAAGAGAAAAAUGAGUGUGAAGGAGUGGAAGAGAAAAAUAAAAGUGAGUAUGUGAAUAAAAGAGUAGAAAAAGAAGAAAUAAAUAGAAAUAAAGAGAAAAAGAGGGAGAAAGCUAAGGAGCAGAUGCCAACCUAUGCAAAAUUUAUGAAAGAGCUUCUGACAAAGAAAAGAAGAUUUUUUGAAGAAACAGUGGAGCUUGAAGUAGGCUGCAGUGCUAUAAUCCAAAAAUCAUUACCUCAGAAGUCCAAGGACCCUGAAAGUUUCACCAUUCCAGUCACAAUUGGGACAUUGCCAGUAGGUAAAGCAUUACUUGACUUGGGUGCUAGUAUAAAUUUGAUGCCUUUGUCCAUGCUAAAAAGAAUAGGAGAUUUGGAAGUAAGGCCUACACGGAUGACAUUAUAG